AUGGGCACUCCCGAAUUCGAUCGGUUCUUUGACCUUCCCCCUGAGAUUCGCGAGGAGAUCAUUUCCUACCUCACCACCGCCCCAGAUCUCAUACCCCUCAACCCUCUGACGCCUUGCACCCCCUUCCCUCACGAUCUCUUCCUCUCUCACCCCCUCCUCCAUGCGACGGCCUCGUUGCUCUACUACACCUCCAACACGUUCAUCCUGGACCUGACAGCCCACGCCCGCGCCGCCACCGAACGCGCCCUCGCCGACCCCUACCACAACAUCCUCCUGACCCCCUCCGCCCGCCGCCGCAUCCGCCACCUCACAUUCCGCCCCGCCCGCCUCGGCACAGCCUUCACGGCCCUCGUGCUGCCGGCCCUGACAGACAUGAUCCUCGCCGGCAGCCUCCGCCAUCUGACGGUCCUGAUGCCCGUCCGCCGGCACCGCGGCCCCGUAGCCCCGAACCGUCCCGCCCCGCCGCCGACGCAGACCGAGCGCGCCGAGGAUGCCGCCUUUGCGUCGUCGCCCGCCUUCCGCGCCCUGCUGCGCCUGCUCGCCGACCCGGACCUCGAGACGGCGCGGCUGACGGUCCUGGCCGCGCACAGGCCGCUGUGGUGCGCGUACCACGACGAGGGGGCCGCGUGCUGCUACGCCGGGCGCGGCCGCGGCGUGGCUGACGUGGACUGGCGGGCUCUGGCGGCCGAGUGCGCGGGCGAGGACCCGGAGCUGCACAUUGCACGGGUGGGGAGAUGA